AUGGAGACCAUAUUUGAAAGAUUUCAAUUGGGUAUUAUUGAUAGGGAUAAAGCUCUAGAAUUGUUAGAAAAUUAUGUUAAUAAGGAUAAUCGCGAAAAAUUUUGCAUUAAUAUUAUUUCUCAUAUUAUUAAGGAGUAUGAUUUAAGAGAAUUGCAAAUACAGAAUGUUAUGAAUUUGUUAGUAAUGUUUGCUUGUUUAUAUAAAAAUAAGAAGUUGGAUCUAAUAAAUAAAUUAACUGAAGAAUUACUUUUGGUAGGGACAAACGUUAAAGAUGUUAAGGUAAGAAUAAAUAGUAUAAUAACCUUUAAAAUAUUUUUGAAAAUAAUUAAAGAUCUUGAUUUAAAAUUUGAAAUAUCUAAAGGCUGGCUUUCAAGAGUUCUUAUAUUAGCAACUAGUGAUAAGUCAUCUUUAGUACGAAUAUGUGCUAUUGAAUGUCUUAGUUUAUUAAAUGAAUGUAAAGAAGGUUUGUUAGAUAUUUUGUGUAAUUCAAAAUAUCAUAAUGAACGUAUAAAAGCUAUGAUUAGUUUAUCAAUUGAAAGCUUAUCAGAAUCAGAAUUGACAGUAUAUUUAUCACGAUUACUAGACAAAAGUCCAGAUGUAAGAAAAUCAUUAUUUAAAGUAUUAAAAAAGAAUUGCAUUUUAUUAUAUAAUAUGAUGAAUAAAGAAAUGAAAUGGUCUCAUAUCUUAAUAGUUAUACAAUUUGGUUUAAAUGAUAGGGACGAGCAAAUAAUAAAAGUAGCUAUUCGUUUUUUAUUAAAUUAUAUUCUGAAUAAUUAUGGAAAUAAUGGUCAAUUAAGACUAGGUUGUGCAUUAAAAAAUUUUAUAGAGGAUAUGUUUUUUGCUACUACAAAUACUAAUGAUAUAACAACUCCUAAUGUUGAAGCAACAGCAGAAUUAAUUUUCCAGCAUUUAAUAAAGAAUUGCAAUUAUAAUAUAAGAGAAUUUCUAAAUGAAAUUUUUCAUAAUAAAAUUGGAAAUCUUAGAGAUUCAAGUAAUAUAUUUUCAAAGAUAUCACCUGGACAAUUGUUAUUGUUACGCAUUACUAUACAAAAUAAUAUUGAUAUAAUAUAUGAUGAAUAUUUUUUAUGGUUAUCUUCCUAUAAUGAAAUAAUUCAGGGUAUAUCAUCAUAUUCAAAUAACCCUUUUGUAAUAAGACAAAUAUUAUUAAUAGCUAAUAGUAUUGAUUUAAGCGAUCCUGAAAUAAGAGGUACUCUCAAAGAUAUUGCAAAAGAGUGUAUUCAACAUUGCCCAAUUGAAGAUUCAUGGAAUUCCUUGGAGACAGAAUUAACACCAUUAGAAUCUCUAGUUAGGAUUCCUGAAGGUGGUGAAUGGGUUGCAUACUUCUUGCAUCGUUCUGCAUUAUGGUCAUCUCUCCAAUUAUUUCAUAAAUGCCAAGAUUCUUUUGAAUCCAUAGAUGAUAAAAAAUUCAUAAAUGAAAUCCAAUGUAUAAUAAAUAAUAUUAUUGAACCUGAAUCUAAUGAUAUAAUUGUAAGUACAUCACAUGAUUUUGAAGAUCAGUUUGUAUUAAAUUUUUUAUCUUCAAAAACUCUUCUGGAGCACUUGAAAUUGGAAAGAGGAACUAACAGAUCAUGUAGUGCAGUAAAAUGUGAUAACUCUAUUUAUAAUUCAAUAAGGGAUAUAUUAGAAUUACGCUGGAUGCGUGUACUAUUUAUAAUUGAAGGUUCUUUAUCUAUGGUAGAUUCAAUGUCUAUUUGCGUAAUAGAUUAUUGGUCAAAUAACAUACUAAGGCCUUGCAUAUCUUUUUUUUUGGAAUUUAAUGAUAAUUCUAGUAUUCCCCAGAUCUUGUUUGUACGAUGCAUUGCUUUGAUAUCUAUUUUUGAAGAGAGAUUAAAUUUGGACACAAGUUUAGUUGUUGAAAAUCGUUUAUCAUAUUUUAUUCAAGGUUUGAAAAAUGCAUUAGAAGAUUUGGAAAAUUGCAUUAAUAAUCAGAAAGGACUGGAAGAGGUUAUUUUAUCAGAUUCACUUCUACUAGCUGUGCAAUGUGAACUUUAUGUAUCAGCUAUUACUGAUAUAAUAGUUAUAAGACAAACAAAUAAAUAUAAUGAUUUAUCAUAUGAUAUUCAGAAUGAUUUAAAUACAAUGGAAGCUUUAAAAACUAUAUGGAGUAUAAUUAGUUCCGAGAAACUUGCAACUUAUCGUCUAACUUCAAUAUCUCUAAGAGGUUUUUGUAAGUUAUUAUUAUGUUUUCAAUUGAAUAAUUCAUAUCAAUUUAUGAUGGUUAAAAAUGCUUUAAAUUCAUUAAUUUAUUUUGUCUAUUGUAAUAAUGUCUGUAAUGAAUUUGAAGUGCUAAUUAAACCACAACAUGUAAUCAAUAAGAUUUUCUAUAAAGAGUAUAAAAGUAUAAGGAAUAAUUGUGAAAUAUGUAGGGUAGAUAAUAUUCAUAAAAAAGAGAUGUGCUUUUUAAUUCAAGAUAUUAUUGAGCUAAUUAAAGGGAAUAAUUAUGAAGGAAUUAAAGAUAAUUGUUCAAUGUAUACAUCUUCUGGUGAUAAACAAAUGAUUUUAUAUUUCAUAUCAUUAUUUAUUACUAUUAGUAUUAAUCAUUUAAAAUGUUUGACAAUUGCAUUAUUUGAUACAUUUAAUUAUGCCAUAUCAAAUAUUUCCAGGAGUACUUGUUUUAAAUCCUACAAUGAAGAAAAUAUUAAUAAAUUAAUAGUAUUUGGUAUUAUUCAAAUUAGUCAAGCAUUUAGAUUUCAUCUAUCAAAUAAUAAAGAAAUGAAAAUUGAUACCCAGGAAUUUAAUCCACAAUUCUAUGGAAUAAUAUGUUUAAUGCUUUCAGCUGUACAGUAUCCAAAAUAUUGUAAAAAAAUGAAUAUCGAUAAGCAAAUACUUGAAUUAUUACAAUACAUGUUAUCAAUUACUCUGCCUGAGUACAGUGGUAAAGAGUUAAAUAAUGAUUCUUUUAGUGUUUCAUCUGAGCUCAGUAUAUAUAUGCAAGUAAUUUAUUCGUUGUUAAAGAAUGAAAUUGUCAAAAUUAUUAAUGAUAAAAUUAAACAGAAAUUAUUAGAUGAAAUUCAGUCCAUUAAAAAAAAAUAUACACUUGUAGAUAUAGGAUAUGAAAUUAAUUCAGAUAUUAUAAAAGAUAAUCUAACAAAAGCAAAGUUGGAAGAAUUAAUAAACUUUGUUAAAUAUUCAUCUACACACAAGAGAAAUACAGGAGAAAUAGUAAAUAAAAGAAUUAAUAACGAAAAUAUCAGUUCAAAUCUAUAA